UGUGGAUUCAUCACCGAACAGCCAAAGUGUUGAUGCUGAUGCGUGCGUGCAGUCUUACAACAUUAAAGAAGGUACAACAAAUACUCCAUCAUCCAUAUUCUAUUCUACACAAAUCCUCGUACUGCCCAACAGAUCAGAUCGAUAAAUUUGGAAGGAUGGAUCCCGGACGACGUGCUAUGAUUUAUAGCCGUAAGUCACCCCCUCGCCGCGAUAUUACAUCUCCUAGACGAGAUCUCAAUAAUAGAAUCACCAAGUCAUCGCGACCGACCCAGAACAAACCGACGAAUUCUACCACCCAAAAUUGGCUUAGUCAAGAUGAACAGUCUCAACAAUUUGUUGCAGAUGAGGACAAGUUCGUUUUAAAACAGGCCAAGAAGAAGGCAGAUAUUCGCGUUAGGGAAAGACGAGCAAAACCUAUCGAUCUCCUUGCAUUCAAUCUACGAUAUAUCGAUACGGACCGCGAUGUCUUCGACGACGAAGAUGCCGACGCUGAUAUCGAUGUGCCUCCACCUGGCACCGUUAUAGAAGGGCUGAAGGAGUCUGCUCUUGACGAACUCGAUGCUGACAUUACGCCGUACCUAACUCUUGAAACGAAUAAAAGGAAUCGAGAAUACUGGAAGGCAUUGCAGACGCUUUGCACCGAUAGAAGACAGCGGCUUAAACCCAUGGGUCCUGAGGAGCGUGUUGUCAAUUCUGUCAGCGCCGACGUGGAUAAAAUACUUGGUCCUAAGAAUCUCGAGCAGUUAGAGAAGCUAGAAGGCCAGAUACAGGCCAAGCUGCGUUCGGAUGAGGUCAUGGACACCGAUUACUGGGAGCAACUACUCAAGAGCUUACAAAUUUUCAAAGCGAAAGCUAAGCUUAAGAACAUCUGCGAGGAAAUCAGAGAAAGCAGAAUAAAGUUAUUGGGGGACCAGGAUCCUGAAAAGGCAAAAGAGCUCGCUGAAUCCCAAUCAUCUGGGAGUAUCGCUCAUUCUGGAUCAAAAGAGAUAGUGACGACUUCUGCUCCGAAGUCAAAACCUAAUACGGCUUUUGUCUCGGCGGCCAAUAACCCGACCAGCGCACCACCUCCUGGUACUGCCAGAUUCGCGACGAGCGAAAACGAAGACUUCUCUCAAGCUACCAAGGCUCUGUAUGAGCGAGAAGUUGCUCGAGGGAUUAGCGAGAACGAGGAGAUAUUCACAGCUGAAGAGACAGUUCCGAGUGGUACAAAACCGCAGUGGGCAGAUAAAUACAGGCCUCGUAAACCGCGGUAUUUCAACCGAGUGCAGAUGGGAUACGAGUGGAACAAGUACAAUCAGACGCAUUAUGACCACGAUAACCCGCCUCCAAAAGUGGUUCAAGGUUAUAAAUUCAACAUAUUCUAUCCUGAUCUCAUCGAUAAGACGAAAGCGCCCACAUUCAAGAUCAUUCGUGAGCACGGAAGGAGGAGAGGCGAAUCUUUUGCGCCAGCAGGGGAAGAAGAUACCUGCUUGAUUCGUUUCAUUGCCGGGCCACCGUAUGAAGAUAUUGCCUUCCGCAUUGUCGAUCGGGAAUGGGACUAUAGCGCAAAGAAGGAUCGCGGGUUUAAGAGCAGCUUCGACAAGCCACGGCUAGCAUUAUCGCAUGGCGCGAGAGUUUCGAAUUACUUCUCCUCGGCUCAUGCACAUUUCCACCCCUGCUGUUCUUGAACUACCCCCAGGAGAGACCGUAUCUAAUAUAUUGUGUCUAGGGAAUUCUUCAACUUCAUUUCCAGUUUAAGAAGAUCUACUAUCGGAAGUGAAGAACCCAGCCACCAUCUGUCAACGGGUUCUCAAUGGCAAACGCAAGCGAUUCUACUACUUUAAGCCACUAUACAAUACAGUAUGGGUUUGUACCAAUCACCUAACCUAAUAUCAUGGGACGAUAUUUUGGUAUUAUAUGGGAAUGGCAUUGGCAAGUAACUUGCAAAUAUUCAUUGCGUCGUGGAAAUGCAUCGGAGAAGUGCAAAUCACCUUAGUCUCGGUAGCACAAUGCACGGAGAGCUACCUUAACUCCCUAGCCUGGUUGCGUUAUAAGGGUCUACGGUUAGAAGAAGGAAUUCUAUUUAGGGGGGUUAUUAGAGACAUAUUAAGGGUAAAGAGACGGAGCUUUGGCCUGCUGUGAAGUUAACAUUUAUCCCCGUGAGGGUUCCACUGUCUGCUAAAUUUAGAGUGAACGCAUGGUGAAUUAUAAGUGAAAGUGAGGAAUUAAUUUAAAGGCCUCCUUGCCGACUUAUCCAUGGUCUUUACAGCCCGAGACACUCUUGUAUGUUUUUUUAUGAGCGAACGAUCUAGGAACCCUUGCA